CCUCCUCCUCUUCCUCCUCCUCCUCCGCCCAUCACCGCCACUACGGUCGCUUUCGCCUCCUUCUACUCUUCGCUCUGCCGCCGCCGCCGCUCGCGCUCCUCUCUGGCUUUCACCAGCUCUUCGCUCCCCGCUCGCUCGGCUGCUGCAGUCAGCCUCUCUCUGUCUCUGUCUCGGUCUCCGUUUCCGUCUCCGUCUCCGUCUCUAUCUCUGUCUCUCUGUCUCUGCCUCUCUGUCUCCGUCUCUCUGUCUGUCUCUCUCUCUCUCUCUGUCUCGGUCUCUGUCUCUCUCUCUCAAGUUUCCAAUCUUCUCGAGAUUAGGGCAAAGGGAGCAUAACACCCAAUUCUGCUUGCUGUUUCAGCUUUACAAAGAGCGGCGAUGAAGACGAAAUUGAACAUUUUCGAUAUGCAGUUGCUGCUUCUUGUUUUCUUGAUGUGGGACCCAGCCAGGUUGGUGCUGGCUAACAUCCAAGAAGAUGAAGCUAAAAAUAACAUUACCAUCUUCACAAGAAUUCUAGACAGACUUCUGGAUGGUUAUGAUAAUCGUCUUAGACCAGGACUGGGAGACAGUAUUACUGAAGUCUUCACUAACAUCUAUGUGACCAGUUUUGGCCCUGUCUCAGACACAGAUAUGGAAUAUACAAUAGAUGUUUUCUUUCGACAAAAAUGGAAAGAUGAACGGUUAAAAUUUAAAGGUCCUAUGAACAUCCUUCGACUGAACAAUUUAAUGGCUAGCAAAAUUUGGACUCCAGAUACCUUUUUUCACAAUGGGAAGAAAUCGGUAGCUCAUAAUAUGACAAUGCCAAAUAAGCUUCUUCGAAUACAGGAUGAUGGCACUCUUCUGUACACAAUGAGGCUUACAGUUCAAGCUGAAUGUCCAAUGCACUUGGAGGAUUUUCCAAUGGAUGCUCAUUCAUGUCCUCUCAAAUUUGGCAGCUAUGCAUAUACAACCUCGGAAGUCACUUAUAUUUGGACUUAUAAUGCAUCUGAUUCAGUACAAGUUGCUCCUGAUGGCUCCAGGUUAAAUCAAUAUGAUUUGUUGGGACAAUCAAUUGGGAAGGAGACAAUUAAAUCCAGUACAGGUGAAUAUACUGUAAUGACAGCUCAUUUCCACUUGAAAAGAAAAAUUGGGUAUUUUGUGAUUCAGACAUAUCUGCCUUGCAUCAUGACUGUCAUUCUCUCCCAAGUGUCAUUCUGGCUUAACAGAGAAUCUGUGCCUGCAAGAACUGUAUUUGGUGUAACAACUGUUCUAACAAUGACAACUCUAAGCAUCAGUGCCCGGAAUUCUCUCCCCAAAGUGGCUUAUGCAACUGCCAUGGACUGGUUUAUUGCUGUUUGUUAUGCAUUUGUGUUCUCUGCCCUAAUUGAAUUUGCAACUGUUAAUUACUUCACCAAAAGAGGAUGGGCUUGGGAUGGGAAGAGUGUAGUAAAUGACAAGUCCCCUUCAAUAAAAGCUGAAGGCAUUACAUUAACAUACAACUCAGUGAAGGCAAUUCUUCAAGGAGCUAAGCUAAUAUGGUCCAAGUAUGUAGCUUUCUCAUGGCCCAAUUUAAUCCAAGGAAAGACUUUAGAGUACUUAGAGAAGUGGAUGGACUGUAUAACCUUCAAACAAUCUUCUAAAAAAGAGAAAGCCUCUGUAAUGAUACAGAACAAUGCCUAUGCAGUGGCUGUUGCCAAUUAUGCCCCGAACCUUUCAAAAGACCCAGUUCUCUCCACCAUCUCCAAGAGUGCAACCACGCCAGAACCCAACAAGAAGCCGGAAAACAAGCCAGCCGAAGCCAAAAAAACCUUCAACAGUGUUAGCAAAAUUGACAGAAUGUCUAGAAUAGUUUUCCCAGUUUUGUUUGGUACAUUUAAUUUAGUUUACUGGGCUACGUAUUUAAACAGGGAACCUGUAUUAGGGGUCAGUCCUUGAAUCUAGGCACAGAUUAACUUUGGGAUGUAUAGCAACAUUAAGCUUGGUUUGUUUUGCUAUGUAUAGUCUGACUAAUAACUGCUAAUUUGUGAACCAAUGUGUACAGUAUGUAAAUAGCGAUACAGCUUACCAGUACACCUCUAAUGGAGACAUGCAUUUGCCAACUCGCGAAACUACAGGCAGAAAGAACUCUACACCCAAAACUUUUUAAGAUUUACUCUAGGAACUGAUUUAAGGUGGAUUUCAGGUGACCUGAUUUAUUUCCUCUUCUAAUAGCAGUGAAAACGUGGAUCCUAUACUACAUUUCAUGAACCCUUUUGAUUCAGGUCUUACAUAGGAGUAUUUUCUACUGUUGCCUAACUAUAAUGUUAAGAUAACAUUGCCAUUUCAUGAUAAAUUCUUCUAAAUAACAGAACCUCAUGUCUGCAACAUUAUAUCUGAGCACCCUUCUCGAGUGCUCAGAAUCUCUCCUUGUAUAAUUAGAAGCUUAGCACACAUCAGAAGAAAAACUAGAGAUUUGACAUCAGCUUUUAAUUACUCUGCAUAGUAUCUAUAGCUAUGUACAUAUUACAGCAUGACAUGCUCAAAUAAUUACGAGUAACCUCUGACAGGGUGUUAAUUAUGCCUAGAAUUUAAUAACUAUUGGAAUAUCAUAGUCUCUACAUUUUUAGUGUUAGUUUAUUUGAAAAUAAUAAUUGAAAUUCUAUAGAUCAUUUUAAUCAUUGGAUACUACCUUAAAUUAAAAAAAGGUAAAAUUAAAUGUGUCUUACUCUUUCCAGGUAUGUGUUGUACUGAAAUUGAUCAGCAAAAUUUUUUUGGUGCUGGAGACUGGAAAAAGCAUCCAGUUUGGCUGCUGUGGAACAACAUUCAUAUUGGAUUAGAAAAGUGUGCCAAAAACUCCCACCAAUGAGAAUUCAUAGGUGUCACAGAAUAUAGAUGAGCACUUACAUGAUUCUCUUCUUUCCUGUUUACUGUAAAUUCUGCCUUAAGGCUUCUUUUCAUCAGGACUCAGAAGCCACUAAUUACAAAGGAAAGAGCAGUUAAUUGGCACAUUUUUCUGUCUUGAAAGCAGCACUUUCAGAUAAGAAUUAAUGUAAAUCUGUUUUUGUAAAUUGCAACUUUAAAUUUCGCUGACUCAAAUUUACAACAGCUUUGUAUACCAGAAGAGGUUUUGGUAAGAGUUGAAAAUUUUUAAACUGAAACUUCAAAGCAUCACCAACAGAUUGUGAAUUAAUUUACAUGCAGAAAAAUAACACACACUCAAUUAGCUAAAUUACAACACAUACAAACAUGUAGCUUAAAUUAGAAACCACAAUUUUCAAUUUUAUAGAAUUACUGAUUAUUAAUGGGUAAAAUUCAUUUUUCUUUUAAUAUUUAAAAAAUGCCCUUUAUGCCCCUGAAAUAUGUUAAUAGAAGUUAACAAUUGUGUCUCAUGUGUAGAUUCAAUGUUUUUGGAAAACUUAAAACCCUUUUGACUCACAUAUACAUUAGCAGUUAUUAGCUGACUUUUACUAAUAGAUACACUUUUACGAUGGUGUUUUUGUAGAAAAAUAAGUAGUCAAAUAGUGUCAUUUCUUGCAGUUUUGUAUAGUAUUUCAGUAUAGUGCAUAAAUAAGUAUGUUCAUAAAAUCAAUAAAAGGAGUAUCUUAUUGAAAUAAGCAAAAUCACAACAGAAAUUUCUAUUUCUUUGCCUCAUUUACAUUUUUUCUUUUCUUUUUCUUUUUUUGUUUUAGUGUGAUUUUAUUAUGUGCUUUGCAUGAUUAUAUUAUUACCAGGGUCACAAAUGCAUCUUAUUGACAGAUUUUGAUGUGAAGACAGCCUUGAAAUUAAAAAUUCCCUCACAGAAGGUAAUAAAAUAAAAUUGUUACAUGAGCUAAAAAA